AUGUCUCUCCAGGGUUUAACCACGCUGUCCGAAUCCAUCGCCAAGAAUACGAAAAUCCUCACAGAUCACCUUCAAGCGAAAGGUCUGGAGGCUCCCUCAUUUUCGUUCGAUGGACUGGUAGAGUUUCCUGUUUCUCCGAAUGAGGAAGACCCGUGGAGAGCGAGACAAGAAUUGAUAAGAGAUACUAGAGAGCUGAAUGAAUUGAUUGUUGGACCUAAAAAUGGAUUGAUGGGUUUGGGCUGGGAUGUAUGUUACCUUCAUUCAAAUAAAUUUCUCCGUCUCUGAGCUAUUCAUCCCUUUUUGCAUCCAAGACAAGCUGCUAAUUAACCCAACAGUCAGUCAACAGCCUCUCUCUACAAGCAAUCUACGAGUUCCAUAUAGCGGAACAUGUGCCAGCUGAUGGAGGCACAAUCAGUUAUGCUGAAUUGGCGGACAAGUGUGGAAUUCCGCUUUUGAAGUUGAGACCUUUGAUUCGGCAUGCGAUAUUGAACAGACUUUUUUGCGAGCCUGAUAAGGGGUUUGGUAUGUAAUAUUAUAUAGCACCAGAGGCGGAGGUUCAAAGAUGAAUAUUGACCAAGGGAAACAGUGGCGCAUACAAGCACCUCCCUCCUUCUCAUUCCAGAGAAAAGCCCAUCAAUGCACGCUUGGAUCGGAUUAUGCAAUGAUCUCUGGAAACCAGUCUCUAGGGUUCUAGACGCGAUGAGAAAAUGGCCGAAUAGCCAGGAGUCCAAUGAGACAGGCGCAAAUCUUGCUAAUGAGACUGAUUGUACGUAUUUUCCCCUGGUAUAUGGGGUCUUACAAAUCCCUCGCUUCGUCAAGAUGUGUGAACUGGGGGCAAAGGGGGAAUUGAGCUGAUAAGGUCUAGUGAAUUGGUAUGAUUUCAUACAAAAGAAAGACGGUAUGGCGAAGAGAUAUGGAUUGGCUAUGCAGGCUCAUAGCGGUAGAGAGGGAUUUGAUACGGUGCACACCGUUGAAGGAUAUCCUUGGGGAGAGUUACAGGAUGGUGCUACAGUUGUUGAUGUGAGUCCUUCAUUUCAUCGCACUGAAGUUACUUAGUACCAUUAAUCUGGAAUUAUUUACUGACAACGCAGAUAGAUGGGAGGAUCCCAAGGCCAUGUUUCCAUCGCAGUCGCAGAAGCAUACCCAAAACUCAAGUUUAUCGUCCAAGACACUGAGGGCAUGCGGCAGGCAAACAUAAUCGGCUCGAUUCCAAAGGAACUUCAAGGCCGUGUUCAACUUACCACCCAUGAUUUCUUCACUCCUCAAAUUGUCGUUGCAGACGUCUACUUUUUCCGGUGGAUCUUUCAUGGCUUUUCGGAGAAGUAUUGCAUCAAGAUCCUAAGGGAACUGACACCAGCGUUGAAGAAGGGAGCGAGGAUCUUGAUUAACGAUGGGACAUUACCAGAUCCUGGAACCGUUGGGUAUGAGGAAGAGAAGAGUAUUCGGUCAGUUGCAUAAUUGUCUCCCUCCACCUCGCUUACCGACUAAGCUUUUAGGUUCGGAGACUCAUCUGAAGUUCUUGAGCUGAUUGUUUCACAGGAUAUUGGAUGUUAUCAUGCAGGUCACCGUUAAUGCAAGAGAACGUGAGCUGGAGGAUUGGGCCGAGUUGUUCGCGGUGGCCGAUUCCAGAUAUAAGUUCUUGAAAGCUUGGAAGCCGGAAAAGAGUCGCAUGUGGUUCAUUGAGGCGGAGUGGACGGGUUGAUAUGGUAGGAUACUUGGUUGCUGCUCUGUGCUGGCACGCAGACCUCUACUUUGUACUAGGAAGCUUGCAUAAUCAAAUGGAUUUGCAUUUAAGAAUA